AUGUCUAUUCCCACUUCGCUGGAAGGCCUGCAACCUUUGCCCCUGCGGGCUAUCGAUGACAAGUCGGUCUUUCCAAAGGGCCGUUUCUUCGUUUCUACGACAAUUUCGGGCGACGAUGGCAAGCCACUUGUAGUUGGUCAAGCUUCAGCAACAGUUCGGAAGACUUGGUUCAAAUCGCCACCUCUCAGCCAGGCCGCUAUUGAGGCACUUCAAAGUGUGCAGUUGUUUGCCGAUACUCAUGAUCAAGGAUGGGUGGACGAUCGUGCACUGGGAAAUUGGACUUGGUUGGAGAUAGCACUUUAUGAAAAUGAAUCGUCGGAUAGCCCCAGGACACGAGAGGGCGUUGAGUUGGCGUGGCAAAGUCACAAGAAUGACAUGGGGUCGAAGGAGUAUGGUUGGUUGGCUGGCGAAGUACUUCCUGGCAAGCACGACAUGAUGGGGUUGCUAGAGGUCGGAAAUUGUAUUGGCAUCCGAGUCUGUGCUCUUUACUCCGGUUGGGCGCUCUAUGGCAGGGCAGCAUGUCUGGUCCUUGAAAUGGGAAAACCUACGAUUAUUGAUCAACCGCCAAGCUUUGCUGAAGUAUUUCAGAAAACUGUCGCAGUACAACAGCUUCUAGAUUGUGUCAAUGCCAAUAAUUCGACAUAUUCCCCAAAAAUCAAAGCUGCGUGGAAUUUAGCGGAAACCUUUGCUGGAAACGAGAAACGCCCUCUUCGCGUUCUAGCUCUUGACGGGGGUGGUGUCCGGGGUUAUUCUUCAUUGAUGCUUUUAAAGGAGGUCAUGGACCGAGCUGCCCCUAACAAGAGACCGCAUGAGGUGUUUGAUUUGAUCGGAGGUACAAGCACAGGCGGAUUAAUUGCUAUUAUGCUUGGCCGUUUGAAGAUGAGUGCCCAGGAAUGCCUUGAUACUUACGAUUCCGUAAUGAAAGAUGUUUUUGGCUCUGGCUGGCUACACAAGCAUAUUGGAAGGACCUUAGACUAUCUGACCAAGGGUGAGUUUUACUCCGCUAGACAGUUGGAAAAGGCCAUCAAAGAGCUACUUCGUAAGAAGCUUGGGCAGAAAGCAGACAAUGUACUGCUGUUGGAUGAAAGCAAUCCUUGCAAGAUCUUUUUGAUGGCAACACGUGAAGAGUCUGCUAGUAACCGGGGACCCGUUUUCCUACGUUCCUAUACAAACGACCUGGAUCCACCGGGAUCUGACCUUGCCAACAUCAAGUUAUGGGAGGCUGCCCGAGCAACUUCUGCAGCUCCAGGGUUAUGGACCGAGAUUCUCAGUUUUUAUGGUCCAACUCGGGAAACAGACUGUUUCCUGAGCAUUGGCACAGGAAUGGGAGCCAACUUGGCAGUCGCACAGCCGGGCCUUGACUUUCAAAAAGCAAUGGAGAGCUUUGCAGUUAUAGCGACAAACACCGAAAACACUAACAUCCUGUUCCGUGUACUCGUUGAUGCCUUUGCUCCUCACGCCCAAACAAAGAAGUAUUAUCGACUCAAUGUCAGCAAGGAGCUUCCCGAGCCGGCAGACUCGAAAGGAAUUCUAGGCUGGCUUACCCAAAACAAACCAUUGAAAGGUGUUCUCAACAAUUUUGAUGACCCGGGAUCCUUAGAUGAUGUGGAUGCAAUCCCGCGGUUGAAGGAAUGGACAACUGAGUGGAUUAAAUCGCAGCGAGAUAUUAUCGUGUCAUGCAGCGAAGCACUCGCAAGACAUCUUUAA